AAGUUGACCCAAUUUAAGAAUGACAAGGAAAUGGAAGGCGCGGCCGCCCAUGUUCCGGACGGAACCUUCCAAUGCUCUAAACAUUAUGGCAGCACUUACAUGGGACAAAAGGCUAAUAUUCUAUGUCGUCAAAGGUGGCGUCUCCGUCUCCCCAGUAAAAUCUCUUUACGAGGUUUAUAAAUGAACUUCAUAGUUUGCAAUGCUCACUCCCAGACAGAGAUCGGAUGGAGAUGGUACAAGAUGCGGUGAUAGUUGGUGCGGGAAUAGCAGGGUUGGCCACUGCAGUGGCAUUGAAGAGAGUAGGGAUUCAAGCUUUGAUACUGGAGCGAUCGGAUGGGCUACGAGCCACUGGUUCUGCCUUGACCCUCUUUCCUAAUGCUUGGCUCGCCCUUGAUGCUCUUGGUGUUUCUCAUAAGCUCACUUCCUUUUAUUCUUCUGCCUUAAGGGGAUCUGUAACUAAUGUUGCUACUGGAGCUGUUCAAGAGAUUUCAUUCGUUGGAAAUAAUGGAGGGCCCAAAUCAGUUCAUCGCAAAGCUCUGCUAGAGGCUCUGGUACAAGAAUUGCCAGCUGAUUCAGUUAGAUUUUCUUCCAAGUUCACUGCCAUUGAAAUGGUAGAACAAGGAGGUACUUCCAUUCCUGUUGUGCAUUUGGAAGAUGGAACUACUGUCAAAUCAAAGGUGUUAAUAGGGUGUGAUGGGGUGCAUUCCGUGGUGGCACAAUGGCUUGGGCUCUCUGCACCAUUCCAUUCAGGUCGAUCAUCUGUGCGUGGAUUGUCUGUAUUCCCACAAGGCCAUGGACUUGAGCAAGCAAUCAAGCAAUUUGUGGAUGUAGGCAAAAGGGCUGGUUUUGUCCCUCUAAAUGACAAAGAAAUCUAUUGGUUUUUAACUUGCCCUGAAGAAAAAAACAUGCAGAGGGAUCCAGAAUUAAUACAAAAGGAAGUCGUUGAAAAGUAUGCAGAGAACUUCCCCUCACUAUUCUUAGAAGUGGUUCGACAUGCUGAUCUAUCAACAUUAACAUGGGCACCAUUGAUGUUGAGGCACCCAUGGAAUGUAAUAUUUGGGAACCUAAGCAAAGGAAAUGUGACAGUAGCUGGCGAUGCAAUGCAUCCAAUGACACCUGAUCUAGGACAAGGUGGGUGUUCAGCACUGGAGGAUGCAGUAGUACUAGGCAGACACAUUGGCAACUCUUUUAUAAAAAAUGGAAGAUUUGUUGAGGAGGACAUGGCUCUAGCCCUUGAAGGGUAUGUUAAAGAAAGAAGGUGGAGAGCUGCUGGGUUGAUAACAGGGUCAUAUUUAUCAGGAUGGAUUCAACAAAGUGGGUCUAAUUGGUGGAUGAAGUUCUUAAGGGAUGCUAUAUUUUAUGGAUUCCUCUUUCGUAAGGUCUUGAAUGCUGUUGUUUAUGAUUGUGGGACGCUGCCUAGUGCCCCCGGUGAGCAACAUUCCUCUAAUAAAACAGACUAGAUUCUUCUAAGAAUUCAGUUGUAGCUCAUUGCAGUAUGUAAGCAUUGGAAAAGGCUGGCAUAUGGUGUUGUAAAUCAGCAAUCUCAACUUCUUCUUUUCUUUUUUCUUUCAAUUUUUUUACUUGUGUAAAUAUGAGAUGCUUUUUGUUUUUUUAACAAUAAAUACGAUCAUUAUAUUAGUGUUUUAAA